AGCUGAUAAGAAAGGAAAUAUUAUCAUCCAACAGCCAGCCCCUUCAAAAGAAAAAAAGUUUUAAAACCCAAACAAUAUUUUGAUGACUGACCAGUCAGAACCACUGUUAUUGUCUCGUAUCUGCGCCGAUGAUUCCGACGUCAACGACAGAACCAGUUCAGAAGAGUUGACUUUCGACAGCAUUGUCGAACAGAGUCUAUCAGAUUUUGGGUUCUGGCAACUCUUCCAGGUAGUCCUCGUUGGACUCGCUUUGUUCUUCGAUGCAUUUCCGAUAUUCAUCACCGUUUACACAGACGCAUACCCCACGUGGCACUGUGUUAACCACACGAUCUGCGACCACUCCACUUCCGACAUCUGCAAGCUCCCAAGAUCAGCAUGGGAAUGGGACGGUGGCUCCAAGGACAAAACCGUCAUUUCAGAAUUUGGACUCGAGUGCUCGACCUCUUUACUCAGAGGUAUGCCUAGUUCUGCUUUCUACAUCGGUGCCAUCGUUGGUGGAUUCUUUCUAGCUUUAAUCCCAGAUGGUUCCUUGGGCCGCAAGAAACUAGUUUUGUUCUCAACCUUUGCAAUGUCAGUCACUUCAAUUUUUGUUGUUUUCUCAACCAACGUAUGGAUUUACACAACCCUAAAGUUUGCCAUCGGAUUCACGAGAUCACAGACUUGGUCAUAUGCGCUGGUUCUCAUCAGUGAGCGAGUCCCCACCAAAUGGAGACCAAGAGUUACCAUGAUUCCAUUUACCCUUUUCGUUUUAGGGUUUAUGUCAUUGUCUGGAGUGGCUUACCUUGCUCGACACUCUUCAUGGAGAUAUCUCUAUCUCUACACAGCCGUUCCAGCAGCAUUCUAUUGUAUCUUCCUCUACCUCUUCGCACUCGAAUCACCACGGUGGCUUCACUUGCAAGGAAACAACGAAGAAGCCAUUGUUGUUCUCAAAAGCCUGUCAUCGAAGAACAAAGCCUACUUGGAAUCACUAGUUUCUAAGUUACCCCUGGAGCAAGAAGCCGUUGAAGCACUGCCAAGGUACUCGAUUAAGGACUUCUUCUUCCGAAAGUGGGCUUUUCGGAGGAUAUUAGUUGUUAUGGUCAUAUUGUUUGGAAUGGGAAUGUCAUACUACGGAGUUCCAUUAGCAGCUAGAGACAUAGACGUCAACAUAUACUUGAGUGAAACCCUAAACGCAGUGGUGGAGUUGCCUACUUUCAUUAUCACUCCGUUCAUAUUGGAGAGGGUCAACAGAAGAAGCUCUGUUCUAGUGAACACCUUACUAGGUGGAGCCUCAGGGGUGCUUUGUUUCGUUCUCAGCGUUUUCGGAAAAACCGGGAUCGCGUUUGCGUUUGAACUUGGGACAUUUUUUUGUGCAAGGACCGGAUUUAACCUAAUGGCGGUUUAUAUGGUUGAAAUGUUUCCGACUUGUGUCAGAAGUUCAGCAACAAUGAUGUUUAGACAAGCUCUUGUUGUUGGAGGAGCUUGUUGUCCGCUCAUUGCUUCCAUUGGGAGAGAUCUACCAUCAGUAUCCUUUGCCAUUUUCGGAGUUGCCAUGUCUGGUUUGGGGUUGUUCGUUUUGAUUCUUCCCGAGACAAAAGGUUCAAGUCUCUGUGACACAAUGGAAGAACAAGAAAAAAGAGAUCAAACCAUAAACACUAGCAACUGUUGCUGAGUGUAAGAGUUUGUGAUAUGUUUUCAAAUCGUUAUGUGUGUCUUAUGUGAUAUAAGAAACUGGUAAAAAUAAGUUGGAAGUAUUGUGCGUAAAAAAACUAAAGAAUAUUUUGCUAUUCAUCCACAAAGAUUUCAAAUGAGUGUCUAUGUCUUUGAACUACUAAU